AUGCAAAAUGGUGAAAUCGGACCUCCUUCCGAGUUGUUCGACAUCAACAUGCUGGUGAUAGUGUGCAGUUCCAUUCUGCUGGCGCUCUGCCUCGUCACCUGCGUUUAUAUACUCCUCAAGAGACAUAGGUCGGGCAACUUGAGGGACAACCUCGCCGGCAAGGAGCCGCCUGCCAGGAUAUACAGCGCGCCCAUACAUAUGAGAAAUAAUAGUAAACACGAGUUGUACGAGAUAAGUCCGUACGCGCAGUUCGCGGUCGGCUUCAGGACGUUCGGGCAUGUCGACAACCAGGACCUGCCCAGCAGGCAGCACAAGCUCCGGUACGACACCGAAACGAGUUUUCAAUUGUGUUCAGAAUCAGAAGACAGCGACAGCAUAUCAAAAUCUACAAUGAAAAGUAUGCCGAGAAAAAUCUGCAGAACACCACAUCACAGAUAACUAAACAGAAACUUUCAUUACAAUUACUACGAGGACCAUCGCAAGCAAGAAAUGCUUAUGAUUUGUUAGUUUAUUUUUAAUUAUUAUAGUCUCUG